ACACCGUAUUGGAAUGAAAUGACGUGAGCUUAAAUACAAAACACAUGAAGAGGAGCUAUCUCACUACGAGAUAUUUACAUAAAUGUACUAUUUAGAGACAGAAAGAGACAUUACCAGCUAUAUAAUUCCUACGGGGACCUAUGUAUUUCAAUAUCGUCCGUGCGAUGCAAUGCUAAUUUUUGGGAGAUGCUUGUUUGCUUCACAAGGCUAAAGUGAAUGAUAACCUUUAUGAUAAGUUUACCAAGGACUUUGUGCUGAGGUAGGCAAGAGAUAGGCGUGAAAUAGCAUCGAACAAUUUAGAGGCUCUUACAGUUAUCUACCAUCACGCGUUUUUUGUUAUUGCACCUUUAUUACCAAGGGGACCCUGUCAUGGCGGACAUAGACACCCUGAUAGUGACUUUCCAAACCCAGCUGUCAGACGUGAUGGAGACUGUGGUGAAGACGGCCAUGUACGAAGUGACCCGGCUGGUGGAGGACAGUCUGUUGCAGGAGCUGAAGGCUAGGGGCCAGGAGGUAGAGAGACUGAGGGCACAGCUGCAGAGGACUGAGAAUGAGCUGAAUGAUCAAGGAGCCAAUGAACCGAGGACUGAGGAGUGUGUUGAGGCCAUAAAGGACGAAGACGAAAAGCAAAAAGAACACACAGAUUAUCUUAGGGGAGGCCAUAAGGUUGAUGAUGUUAAUAGUAGCAACCAUGUAAGUAAAUCUGGGCUAAUACAUGAACUGGAAAAGACGGCUGCUUCCUUCAGCCCAGUUUGGGCGCCACAGGUUAAUGCAUCUGACCCUGUAAAACUAAUUGACAACAUAAAGAAAGAAGUUGUUGAGCCAACAUCCUGUUCGUCUUUGACUUUGGAGGAGUGGAGAGUUACUCUUGGGGAAGUACGACCUGAUUGCCAGACUACAAGUGCAAGGACUGAGUUACAAGACAAUAAUAAUGAGUUAUUGAGACACAUUGUCCAACAAAAAUUAGACCCACAAAUUUGUGCGACAUAUGUGGUUGCUUAUGGACAACAGGAGACAAAUGCUGCUAUACACAGUUGCAAGAAUACCUUGCUUAAAGUGGCCUCUAUGGCUGAAAAUGAUUGUGAAGCCAAAAGAUCACAAAAAACGACAACAAAGUUGGAGUCUAAUGCAAAGGUUAUUCCUGGAUCCCUGAAGCCAACCUCUAAUGUUUUUGGUGUAGCUAUAAAACAGGAGGUCAUUGUUGAUUCUGAGCAGGUGCCGACAGACACUGUAAACAAAGCAAUGCCCAACUGUGAGCGCUCAACUUUGCCAAAACAACACAUCGUUAGAACAGGAACAUCAAAACAAAACCGCAUUUACCAUAAGUCUUUUGUUCAAGUUCUAAAGGCUAAAGGGAGUUCAAGUUUCAGGUCAAAUACACUCCAGCGGUCAAUUAAAAGACCUUCAACCAUUCAGACAAAUGGCACUACCACACCAGGCAAUGUAUCUCACUUACAGGGUGUAAGCCCUGCCCCUCCCCCUGUGUCCUUGUCUGUUCAGAGAGGUGACAAACAUGAUCUUAACCGCAAUGGUGCCCCGUGGAUCAACAUCAAGCAGUCUCCAAGUUCCCUUCACACAAACCCUUCUCUUAAUUUAAACUCACACUUGGAUGGUUCCAGGCCAAUAUUUCGCUGUGGACAGUGUGGUAAAUGUUUCCCUCAUCCCAGUAACUUGAAGUCCCACCUGCUGACACACACAGGAGAGCGUCCUUUCUGCUGUGCUCUGUGCGGUCGCACUUUCACCAAACUCAGUAACCUCAAAGCCCACCGCCGUGUACAUACUGGAGAGAGACCCUACAGCUGUGCGUCCUGUGGCAAACGCUUUACUCAGAACUGCAAUCUCAAGCGACACCAGAGGAUUCAUCUAGACGCAUGACAACAUAUUUAGAAUAUAUCUAGAAAAUGUGUUAUUUUUGUGACAUUGUAAUACCUGUGUUUGUGUUGUUUUGAACAGUUGCGCACCAAACACUUUUCCAUAUACACCUUCUACAACAAUGAUGGACUAGAUAUUAGACAGUUAGCAAUUCUAGCCAAUCAUGGCUUUUCACUUCUGCGAACAAAAUCUUCUUUUGAUUUCUUAUGAUUUAGUUGAAUUAGUAAGAAGACUGGAUAUGGUCAGAAAUAUUAGCUGAAAGAUAGAAAACUGUACUCUAUCCAAAAACCUUUUAAACUGUGUUUAGAUUUUAUGAAAACAUAGAAUGCAAAUUGCCAAGUAGUUGUGGGUAUUUAAACUAGUUGGUAUGUGGUGGUUUGGUCCAGUUACACUGUAAUCAGCGCAGUGCAAUCAAUUGUUGUUGAGUUGAGGUUGGUAGAGCUUUAUUUUUAUACUUUUUAACCAGUUUUACCAUAUAUCCCUUUUAAAUACAUAUCAAAGACAACAUCUUGUGUUUUUUCUGUAUUGAGAGCAUUUGUUUCAACAUAACUUUUGAAAGGCAAAGUCAACUUGAGAGAUAUGAAAUGUUAUUUGUGUCUAGUCAAUCUAAAAUAUGUAUUCUGUGAAUAUUAAAUUAUGUUUGCAUUUACUGCCAACUCUGGUUUGAUUAAUGGAUGUUGUUGCUGAUGUCUACUGA